AUGGCUGCAUCGCAACAGGGAAUCCCACUCGAAGAACCUUCGGCCAACGCCGAGAUACUCCUCCAAUACGAACUCUCCCCAUCCGCCAUAUUCCCCGCCUUCACAGCCUCGACUGCAUUCGAUCUCGGCUGUGCAAUUCGCAAUCGCAUUCUCUCGCUGCCCGCGUCUCAACGCAAACCAGCCGUGGUUUCAAUUACCAGUUGCCAGGGAAAUCAGACGCUCUUUCACGCUGUCACCGAGUCGGGCACAACUCCGGAUAACGAGGAAUGGGUGCGGCGUAAGCGUAAUACCGUUCUGAGGUGGGCGUGUAGUACUUGGGCGCUGAGGAGGAAGAUGGUUGGUUCAUCGGAUAGUGGCUUCGGGGAAGCGUUUGUUGAGAAGGCCUUUGCGCAAAAACAUGGCCUGAAGAGCUCUGUUCCUGAGGGUGUGCCAGACGAUUAUGCCAUCCACGGAGGCGGUUUUCCGAUUAAAGUGGAGAGCGUCGAUGGCAUUGUUGGUGUGAUUGUUGUUAGUGGAUUGAAGCAGCACCAUGAUCACCAGGUCAUUGUUGAGACUAUCAGUGACUAUUUGAAGAGAUGA